AUGCACGCCGACGCCGUCCACCAGGGCCUCUUCCGUCCACCGGUCCCCUCGCCCUCGCCCGCGAGCUCGGGCUACCUGGCGGCGCACCGACCGGCACCGGCAGCCAUCGACAGCUCGACGCCCAAACGCAAGCGUAACGGCGACGGCGACGUCACCCACACGUUCUACUACGGCGACGACUGCCGCGACCACCGAGCCGCCGUCCUCGGCUCCGCCGGCCACCACCUCGCACGCGCCUACACGCUCGCCGGCCAGCUCGGCACGCCGCAGGUCGUCGCCGACGACGCGCUCGGCGAAAGCAUGUACUCCGACGCCAACUAUCGCAAGUGCCUCGGCUCGAAGCGGCCGCGCGAGGAAGUCGACGCCGCCGACGCCGCCGGGCCGACGUCGCUCUACACCCUUCCGGCCCAGCCCCUGCCGUCGCGCCGGUGGAGCGCGGCGGCGAUGAGCACCAUCGGCGGCGUCGUCGGCAAGGUCUGGGAAUUCUGCAAGGCCGGCGCGUUCAAGGGCUUCUACGCCGGCGGCGGGGCCGCGCACGAGAUGGCGGCCUGGGAGGAGGAAUGGCGAUGCGGCGCGGCCUGCGCACCCGGGCACGGCCACGGGCACUGGGCAUCGCGUCCGCUUCCGCACGGCGACAUUCACUUUCGAUGCGAGGUCGAGGACGGACAUGUCCUUGGCACGGGGCCGUCGACGCCGACGGCGCGGCCCGCGAAACGGAGACAGACGGGACCCGCCGACGAGCUGGGCCAAAACUGGGUCAUGGUCCAGGAAGCAGGUGUCCAUCGGUCGACGACCGGUCGCCGCAUCGCCGCCGGCACCGCAACCCCCCGGCGCGCUCACGUGCACGAGCGCGCGGCGCCGGCCUCUCCGGUGCUCGACACUCGACGGCCUGCCUCGUCGGCCUCGUUUGCCUCGCCUCGGCCGUCGUCGGCGAGCAGGGCGUACCCGACGGCGAGCGCGUCGCCGACCUGUCACGGCCGCUCGGCGGCGUCGCACUCUCGGCGGCGUUCCAUGAUUCCGCUGCCGAGCCAGCCGUCGAGCUCCCGGCAGCGGGCGCACAGCAACGCCUCGACGGCGACGUGCACGGCACCCGAGGGACGUGAGCGAGACGUCAACGUGCGGCUCGACGCGAGCCCGCGGCUCGACGCCGAGGCUAGGAUGCUGGCCAAGCGGCGCAGGGUGGAGGAGCGAAACACGGACGUUCGCAUGACGGCUUUCAACAAGAAGCUCCAGGAUAUGAUUCGGCAGGGCCAAGAGGCGCUCGAGACGACCAUCGAGAUUGGCAGCAACGGAAACCAGGGGUUGGCCGGCUGGGAGGAUGACGACGAAUGCAUCUGA